AUGUCUUGCACGGAGUCCGAAACUCGCGUCAGGGUCACAACAUCAACCGAUUACGCAAUUCUUAGUAACAAUUCGGUAGAUUGUGAUUUUGAUCUCAAUACAUGUCAAUAUACACAGGAUACAGACGAUAGAUUUGAUUGGACGCGACACAGGCUAAGUUCUGGGACAUCAGAAACUGGUCCUUCCGCUGAUCAUACCCAAAAUAACGGAAAUGGAUAUUACAUGUACAUUGAGGUAUCACAGUCGGGCAUCAAGAAGGGUUGGCAAGCAAGACUCAGAUCACCAGUGUUAAGUGGACUGCCAUCUGAUACUUGUCUCGAAUUUUACUACCACAUGUACGGUCGCACUAUGGGUACGCUUAAUGUGGUCAUGAAUCGAACUCAGCAAGCAAACCAAGUUGUGUGGAGUAAAACUGGUGAAAAAGGAAAUAAGUGGUAUCGUGGUUUGGUACACAUACCGAGUAUGUCUCAAAAUUUCCAGAUAACUUUUGAAGGCGUACGAGGCAAUGGAAGAUAUUCAGAUAUUGCAAUAGACGAUGUCAAGUUAAUGAACGAAAAUUGUUACAUCGACUUUAAUUGGGAACGACAAUCGGGACGUACAGGGUCGUCAAAUACGGGACCCACAACUGACCAUACCACUGGAACCAGUGCAGGAUACUACAUAUACAUCGAAACCAGCUCACCUAGGUUGCCUAAUGAUGUCGCAAAGGUAUCUACACCAAGAAUUCGCACCCCAUCAUCUGCGUGUCUAACCUUUUGGUAUCAUAUGUAUGGAGCGCAUAUCGAAACACUCAAUGUGCUGGCCAAUACAACAGAUGGACUAAUUUCUCAACAGGUGUGGUCAAAGUCAGGUAACCGAGGAAAUGUGUGGCGACCUGCUGAAGUCACAAUUGAUAUGAAUGCAGCUGAUUUCAAGGUUGUGUUUGAAGGGGUUUGCGGACAGAGCUUUCAAGGAGAUAUAGCAAUUGAUGAUAUCAACAUUACAGACUCCGCGUGUAUAUCGAAUGAUACAAAUUCCGAUAUAGGAAUAAGCUGUACCUUUGAGGAACCUGAAAUAUGUGGAUACAUCCAGGAUACAGCUGAUGAUAUUGAUUGGAUAUGGCAAAACUUUGCUACUGAAACCAGAGGCACCGGUCCGACAUCUGACCAUACACUUGGGACUGGUCUUGGUUUUUAUAUGUUUAUUGAAACUUCGUUACCAAGUCAACCAGGAGACAAAGCACGACUACAAUCCCCGUUUCAAAACAAUACAUCCCCAAGUUACUGCGUGGAGUUCUGGUACCAUAUGUAUGGGCCAACAGUCGAAGAAUUGAAGGUGUUUAUAAAAAUUGAUGGAGAGACACUAACAACCCCAGUGUGGACAUUAUCAGGUAAUCGAGGAGAUUACUGGCAUAGGGGAACAGCUGACGUACAGCCAACGGGACGGUUUUCGAUUGUGUUUGAAGGCAUAGCAGGUUCAUCUAGGUUUGGUGAUGUUGCAAUAGACGAUGUGAAAAUUUAUGAACAAACCUGUCCAGCAUUUACAACAACCCCUUUGCCUUCAACUGCACCACCUGAUACAUUUCCUGAUGCUAAUUGUGAUUUUGAACAAAGUGGUUGGUGCGACUAUACCCAAGACAUAUAUGAUGAUUUUGACUGGACCCGACAGAGUGGAAGUACAACUUCGAUUGGUACAGGCCCAGAGAUCGAUCACACUUACCAAAAUUCAACUGGACAUUAUAUUUUCAUUGAGACAUCUGUACAACAGUUUGAUGAAAAGGCUCGUUUAUAUUCUCCACUAAUUACCAAAUCAGCCAACCCAAUCUGCGUACAAUUUUGGUGUCACAUGUUUGGAGAAACAGUAGACUUUCUGAAUGUCUACGUUGUGCUUCGACAGGAGAAAUACAUAUUACCGGUAGACCCGUUGCUUGCUGUGUAUGGUGACCAUGGAGAUAUUUGGUUCCAUCAACAAAUGGAAGUCAAACCUGUUGAAGAUAAUUUCUAUAUUGUGUUUGAAGGUAUCCAAGGCAAAAGUUUCACUGGUGACAUUGCUCUCGAUGAUAUUCAAUUCUUGCAUUCGACUUGCACUCAAAUAACACCAACACCGCCUCUACCGAAUUCCUUCUGUGACUUUGAAUUUGGUAUUGACGUAUGUGGAUAUACGCAGGAAAAAGAUGAUGACCAAUUCGAUUGGAAAUUGCAAACGGGCGAAACACCAAGCAAAAGGACAGGUCCAACGAAUGACCAUACUAAAGGAAAUAAAUAUGGUCAUUAUAUUUUUAUUGAAUCAUCGCAACCAAAUCGGCCAAAUGAUAGAGCAGUUAUCAGCAGCCCAAAUAUGGCCGGUACAGGGGAGAGCACAUGUCUGCGGUUCUGGUACCACAUGUAUGGAAAGGGCAUAGGUGCAUUGACAGUGAUCAAAUUCGAAUCGGGAUUCAAGUCGACAGAGUUGUGGUCGAGAGGUCAUGAUCAUGGUAAUAAAUGGGUUGAAGCUGUCGUUGAUAUUACUGCGGUGUACUCACAUUUUAAGAUUAUAUUUGAAGGGACCGUUGGCUCACAGCAAGGAGAUAUUGCAUUAGAUGAUAUCAGAUUUCUGCCUGUUCCUUGUGGCGCAACAACCAUUGCGCCAACAACCCCACAACAAAUCGGCCAGGAAAAGUGUGAUUUUGAAAGCGGACCAGAUGUUUGUGGAAUUCAGCAGAUUAUUGAAGAUGAUGAUUUUGACUGGGAGUAUUUUGAUGUCAAAAAUCAUUUCGGAAUAACAGAUUUGCCAACAAAUACAUCUUACUUAUUUGUAAGUGCCGCUGGUGACAGAGAACGUGGUGAAAAGGCCCAGAUAGUAACACCAACUAUUUCAAGUGACCAGCAGGUCUGUAUGUCUAUGGACUUCAUCUUACGUUAUGAUCCAGCACUCCAGAUAAAUAUAUACAGCAGAGUAGGUGACAAUAUUCAACAUCUUCAAAACAUAACCGGUUCGGAAGCCUACUACUGGCAGAACACAUUCGUUGAAAUCCCAAAGACAUCAGAAUUCACGAUCGUCAUAGAGGCUGUUAUUGGUAGAGAAGAUCGUGGAAUACUAGCUAUCGAUAAUAUAUUAAUAUCUUCCGAUAAUCUGCCUUUUCCUUGUGGCGCAACACCCAUUUCGCCAACACCCCCACAACAAAUCGGCCAGGAAAAGUGUGAUUUUGAAAGCGGACCAGAUGUUUGUGGAAUUCAGCAGAUUAUUGAAGAUGAUGAUUUUGACUGGGAGUAUUUUGAUGUCAACAAUCAUUUCGGAAUAACAGAUUUGCCAACAAAUACAUCUUACUUAUUUGUAAGUGCCGCUGGUGACAGAGAACGUGGUGAAAAGGCCCAGAUAGUAACACCAACUAUUUCAAGUGACCAGCAGGCCUGUAUGUCUAUGGACUUCAUCUUACGUUAUGAUCCAGCACUCCAGAUAAACAUAUACAGCAGAGUAGGUGACAAUAUGCAACAUCUUCAAAACAUAACCGGUUCGGAAGCCUACUACUGGAAGAACACAUUCGUUGAAAUCCCAAAGGCAUCAGAAUUCACAAUCGUCAUAGAGGCUGUUAUUGGUAGAGAAGAUCGUGGAAUACUAGCUAUCGAUAAUAUAUUAAUAUCUUCCGAUAUUUGUCAAGUCAGUGAAAGUAGUUCGAACAAUGUUGUCAUCAUUGUUGUUGGAGUUGUGCUGGGCAUCGUAGCAAUUUCUGCUGUCGUCUGCACGUUCUGGCUUUAUAAGCGUCGAAAGAGUCAAACCAUACCUCCAGCUACAUUGUCAGUCAGCUACAAUGAGAGGUCAACAAAUGGUGCCGUGUUAGUUGCAGAGGAUAUGUCUGUUGAUAACCCAGUCUACAAUGGAGUUUCUACUGCAUAAAUAAUAAUAUAAUGAUAAUGUCAUUUCACUUUGUAUCAUGAUAAAUACCAUAUAUU